AUGCCAGUGUCCGAAGAAGCCACAAAACAACUGCUUGAUGGCAUCCCGUCCCGCGUGCGGGGGCCGGGCGGCGCAAUCGCCGUACUCAAAGACGGCAAGCUCAUCGGGCAACGGGUUUGGGGCUACGCCGACCUCGUCCGCAAGGUCCCCAUGACUGCCGAAACUCUACUGCCAAUCUGCUCAAUCUCAAAGCAGAUGCUAUGCGCUCUCAUGUACGAUUUGGAGCACAAUCCACCCGCCAGCUUGGCCGACAAGGGUGACGUCAAAGCGAAGUUCUCAGACAAGAUGACAGCACUUCUGCAUCCAAAACUGACCCGUGAUGGAGCCCUGACGAUUGACCAUUUGGCCAACAACCAGUCGGGCAUCCGGGAUUACUGGGCUCUAAGCGUGCUAUGGGGAGCUCAGCCGGAGGACCGCUUCUCGAUUGCGGACCACAGCAAGCUCAUGAUUGAGCGACUCCAGUCGUUCCACUUCGAGCCCGGUAUGGAGUACUCAUAUGCCAACACAAAUUUCCACAUCUUGGGCCGAAUCGUGGAACAAGUAACCGGAAAUUCGAUUGCUUCGUUGCUUGAACAACGCAUUUUUGGCCCGGCAGAGAUGAAGACCGCACGGCUCACGGCCGAUACUACACAGCUGCCACCUCCGUGUGUCGGAUACGAAGGAGAUGAGCAGCGCGGAUUUUUACCUGCCGAUAACAAGAUCGAGUGGGCUGGCGAUGCCGGCGUUGUUGCCUCGCUCAACGAUAUGAUUGCGUACGAGCAAUACUUGGACCGCAUCUCAACCGAGCGGGGUAGUUGGUACGAAGCGGCUUUGAAGCAGCCGCUGUACAAAGACGGGACACCGGCAGGUUAUGCUCAAGGGCUGGGCCACGGCAAGAUCGAAAGCGUCAAAGUAGUCGGCCACAGCGGCGCAUUGCGCGGUUUCCGUCUCUACCGAGUCCAUGCUCCCGAAGAACGGAUCUCCGUUGUCGUCUUGCUCAACCACGAGGGCGGCUCAGCAGCGCCAGCCGAGGAAAUCAUCCGAGGCCUGCUUGAUUUGAAGAAAUCUGAACCUGCCCGGGUGGACGCAGACGCAAGCUGGUUCGGCACGUUCCUUGACGAAAAGACGCAGCUCGCCAUCACCGUGUCCCACGGCGCGAAGGGCAAGGUUAACAUUUCCUACGCCGGGUCCGCGGAGGCGAUCAGCCUCAAGGAUCCGAAGCUCGCCGAGUCGCCUGGGAUGGUGGCCAAGAUUGAUGGGAAUCAGCUCAAGAUUCAUCGUGUCAAGGAGAAUCGGGCCCUGAAGGCGUCCCGCAUCUUGCAAGCAGGGACGGUUAAUUACUCUGCGUUUGGUGGCGACUUUUACUGCGCUGAGAUUGAGUCAACGUUCCAUUGCCGAAACGAAGGCGGGAUGCUUUUUGGUUCAUUCAACGGCUAUCUGGGACACGGUCCAGCUCAUCUUAUGAGAACCAGACAAUACCUGACAUCAACAACAAUCAUGUGCCAACAGCUAGAAGAGCUCCUCGUCUGCUGCUCCUCGGCCUGUCGCUCGGAGGAGCACGGUAUCCGCCUACCCCUCCUCCGCCUCAUUCCUACACCGAAUCCGUUCUACGUCCUCUGUCAAAAAGCCAGCCAGAUGGGUUACCGUCCAGAUGCCAACUGUCUAGGCCGCCUGGUCCUGAGCCAGCGUCCCGAUCAAUGCCCCGAUUACCGCGCAGCCCCCGACGCCAAGACUAACAACAUCCUCUCAUGGACCGCAUCGCGAGACAUUAUGACACGAUCCAACUUCCCAACCCACAUACACUGCGCCGCCUGCUUAGGUAUCGGUCACGGCGGCGUGGUUAACAUCCAGCCAGCCUACAUGCAACCAAUUGGCCAGACAGGUGCGAUGCCGCUUCAUAUCACCAUGAACGUCACUGGGGUCCGCAAUCGUUGGAUCCGAGGUGAGUGGACUUGUUGCUCCAAGGGCGAGUGUCAGCCCGGAAACCUCUGUGAGUAUCGCGCCGCCGCCGUUGUUGCGGCCAUGCAACAGAACGAACUUGCCCGAGAACGCGCACGAGCUGAAGAGCAGGCUCGCCAGGAAGCUGCUCUCGCUCUCUUUGACUUAAGCCAGUCCGGUACUACCUUCCCUACCCAAGCACCUCGCCCGUCCCAAGCCCCUCAAACUGCACCUUCGGAGCCGGCAGUUGAUCCAGGGGAUGGAAUGGAAUUUGAAUAUGACAUCCCGCGCGCGGAUGCUGCAGCGCCCUUUGAUAAUGUAAUUGAUGAUGAUGCUAACCCAGCACAGGCUGAUAACGGCGAGGGAUCUUCUUCAGAUGCACAGCCCAAACCAUUUGGUGUCGCCGAGAAUGGCGAGGUUAUCUACGAUUGCAUUGUGGUUCGAGACCCGUGCAUGGAUGGCUGUGAGAAGUGUAAUUUUGGGAAGAAUAAGCGUCGUCGACAUCAGUAG